AUCUGUUAUAAAUAAGGGGCAAAUAUUUUGCUCUCAACCGUCACGAAAUGACUCGCCUAUUACUAACUCUCGGCGUUAUCACGUUCGCCACAUUGGCGUUCAGUUCAUCUGAUCCACCACUUUUCUCGAGUGAAUUCAUUUGGGACUACUUGGAGGGAUCGUUCGAUCAGCGUCGAAAUCUGGCCUUGCUGCCCUUCUCGAUCCGGCUGGGAAUGACCAUGCUGGCAAACACCGUAUCCGAUCGGUACACGUUGAAGCAGAUGAUCGAAAAAUUGCACCUUCCAAAUUCCAUUACCAGAGCUACCGAGCGACACCGGCGUAAGCUAACGCAACUGCAACUGGACAAGCACUUUACGUACGCCACCAAGAUCAUUGUUUUCGGAACGGAUUCACUUAACCAAAAAUUACUCCAGACAGCCGAAAAUUUUAAUGCCUCAAUCGACCAUCAUCCCAAGUUGGAUUUAAAAGUCAUUCCCUCGGUGGUGAACCGCUGGGCAAAGAACGUAACCUCCGGUAUGACCAGUGCCGUGUUGAUGAGCAACGAUCUUCUUCCCGACACAAGAAUGAUUCUGUUGAGUGUGGCUUCCUUUGCAUGCAAAUGGGAACACCAGUUCAAUGUCAACUCAUCUAAAAUGGAUAUGUUCAACGCCUACCCUAUCGGAAAACUUUUUAUGACAAACUUCAUGAACUUGGGCCCUACUUUGCUUCCGGUGACUUUGAACAAUGAUUUGAACAUCCAGGCAAUAGAAUUGCCGUUCGAAAAGGAUAGUGACUAUUCGUUUAUGAUAAUAAUGCCGCGGCAAACUGACGGCAAUAUGACGGAAAUGGUAGAAAGAUUGAAUAACGGCGCGUUUCGUCAUCUGUACGAUAGUCUGGUUCCCAUGAGAAUCUCGGUGAAAAUGCCUCGCUUUACGAUUUCCACCAGCGUAAAUGUGAAUUCGGUUCUGCGACGACUGCAGCUGACCGCACCGUUCCAGUGGAGCACGUUUCAAAUUUUCAAAAACGAAAAGCUUACCCUCGACAAAGUGAAGCAAAGUGUGACGGUUCAGGUCGACGAGAAAGGAGUUCGGGCGGCCGCUGUUAGCAAAUUUUCCAUUGUUGGGAGGAGUGUCCCGAUGUCUUUUAACGUUGACCGCCCGUUCGUGUUCGCUAUUCUCAAACAGUCAGUUCGUUUCCCGUUAUUUGUAGGACACUAUGCCUAUCCCACGAAGACGCCUCCUAUACGACCAUAAGUUGUUCGCCUCAUAUAUAUUUCUCUUCUAUUUUCUUUAAUUAAGUGAAUUUUGAGAUAUAUACUCCAGUUCUUUACUGGUCGAUAUCACUUUUAGACCCAACCGAGGGACCUCCGAACACAUUUCUUUUUGAACUAAUUUAUCCACUAAACGAAACAAAAUUCAAAUAAUAGAACACAAGAGCAAACAUGGAAAUAAAAAGGAACACGUUAGAAGAAACUGAUAAUAUUUAUAUAAUAGUUGUAGUUCUAAAAACGUUAUCCUUGUUGAUACUGCCUGAGUCUUCGGUUCUUCGCUCGUUAUAGACCAGUAUCCAAUGACUCUACGAUGCCAUUACCCCGAAUGGGAUACUGUCCGGAAUGAGCCUGAAUCCCCGAAUUAUUUUUUUCUUUCAAGUUUAUCUUCAUUUCAAUGAA